AUGCCUCGAGCUGAGCAGAUUAAAGCGGAUGGGGUAACUAAGAUUUGGCAGUUGAAAACUGAAGGUAAGCUUGAUCCUGAAAUUUCGGCUAUUAUUAAUAGAUCAAAGAAAUCUAUUUAUCGAGUUUUAUCAAGUCAGUGCAAUCAUAAAGCAAAAGGCAGAUCUGGGAGGCCGCGUGUGACGAAUAAACGGGAUGAUCGUCAGAUCCAAACACUAGCAAGUACCCAACAAAUGACUGUUCGUGAAGUUCAAAGCUCCUUGGGGCUUUCCGUAUCAAAGGAUACGAUUCGUAGACGAAUUUUGGAAACAGGGACAAUGGUUCACUUCAAAAUGAAAAAGAAACCAGCUCUAAAGCCACAUCAUAAAUCACAACGAAUGUUGUGGGCUCGAAAUCACAUGUCAUAUGAAUCGAAAUGGAUAUCAGUAAUAUUUAGCGACAAAAAAAGUGGAAUCUGGAUGGUCCAGAUGGCUGGACAUUUUAUUGGCAUGACUUACGGAAGGAACCCAGAUGUUUUUUUAGUCGCCCGCACAAAGUGGUGA